AGAUGGAUCCAGGCCUGGGGCACCUCCACCUCUAUCACUUGUCUCGAAACAAAAGCAAGAGCUCCCAUCACUCACAUGGGUCCCUCCCCUUCUCCCUGUCCUCCGCCCCCGAAGCACCCCUUCCUCUUGACCUCCUCCCUCCUAAAUCUUCUCCUCUAGUAACCACUGGUUCUCCCCUCCUUCCAAGAAGAAGGACCGAGACGCGAGCCAGACCUAACAGAGAGAGAGAGAGAGAGAGAGAGUGCCAUCAUCAUCCUCAUCAUCACCAUCACCCCUUCAUUCCCUCUUUUCCUCUCAGGAGCUGACGAUCUCCCCCCAUACCAUCAAUGCCAUCCUCGCCGUCCGCCCUGCAUCGCACAGCCACGGAGAGAGAGAGGCAAUGACGAAGCCGUGGUAGAGGAAGCCCGGCCCGGGAGGUUAUAGAAAGAAAGAGAGAGAGAUUGCAAGGUGGAGGAGGUGGGAAUGGGGGAGAGCGGCGUCGGGCAGGCGGCAAUGGCGCCGCUGAACGUGGAGCGUGGGGAGGAGAGAUGGAGGCACUUCGACAGCUCGGUGAACGCUGUCUCCUUCGGCUUCGUGGCAACCGCCAUCCUCGUCUCCAUGUUCGUCGUCAUGGCCAUCUUGGAGCGCUUUCUCCGCCCCAGGCACCCCCUUCUCUCCUCCGGCGAUAGCCGGAGGCGGAGGGGCUCUCCCUCCGCGGAUCUCGAGGCGCAGCACCGCCGGGUCCUCGCCGGCAAGCUCGGUUACCCUUCGCCCAAGAUGUCAGUCUAUGCAAAAGGGGUUUCAGUGCUGAUGCCUGGGCAUGAUAUACCUACCUUCAUUGCUCACCCUGCCCCCGCACCUUGCCCUCCAGAGCGUAUCGCUUGGCCUUCUCAUGAACAUAAUCUAAACAGCGGGUCUAGAUCAAAUCUAAGUUAGGAAUCUCAGAGUGUGGCAUCAUUCAGGUUCUUAUCUUCCGGCAAUGUCCAUUUCCCAUUUGUACACUCUGCUUGAUUCCACCUGAGGCAGUUCAGGUAGCGCGGUCAUGGCCCAUGUUCCCUAUGUGAGCUGCUGCUCAUGCAUGCAGAUAGUGUCAAAAUACAUAGAAGUUUCUUCAUCUCUUUCAUGUAGUGUAUGCUGCCCCUGUUCAUUCGAGGAAUGGUGUGGUGGCUUUCUGAAGGACAUAUAUCAUUCUGUUUAUUUGUAAUUGCAACUUGGAUGCUUGGAAACAGUAGGACUGUGGGGCCUUCUGUUUCGAUCCGUCCGAGAAUUAUGUGUCAAAUUUUCAGGAGAAAUCAAUUGAGUUCUAGACUUUCUUCUU